UACACGAUUGUAGAAUUACUUCCGGGUUACGUGGGUCACGUUCAUGCUGCAGUCUGUCAAACAUAGUUUGGGUAAAACGAUAUAAAUGGUCAGAAAUUGGGUUUUUAAAGUCAUUUUCAUUAACCCGGAUAUUUUCCGAUAAUUUGAAGGUGGAGACAGUUUAUCCGGGAUUCUCUAACAGAAAUGUCUUCAUUAUGGAGCCUGAGGCCAGCGCUCGCCGCGCUCAGUAAAGCAUCUCAGCUGGCCUCCACCUGGACCUCCCCCCUCCUCUCCAGGACCAUGGCCACCCUCAACCAGAUGCACCGCCAGGGGAAGCCCAAACUGCCCCCUAAAUCAGUGGGCGCCACCUUCGGCCGCCCACAGCUGAAAGCCGUGAUCCUGAAGACCAUGAUCCGAAAGCCAAAGAAGCCCAACUCCGCCAACAGGAAGUGCGCUCGGGUGCGUUUGUCCAACGGGAAGGAGGCGGUAGUGUUCAUCCCUGGGGAGGGCCACAACCUGCAGGAGCACAAUGUGGUUCUGGUUCAGGGCGGGAGAACGCAGGACCUCCCCGGAGUGAAGCUCACGGUGGUGAGAGGGAAGUAUGACUGCGCUCACGUGGUGAAGAAGAAGCAGUGACGGAGGCGGAGCUGCUGAUGUUCAGUCUGAAUGAACAUACGGGGACAGACGUGUCCAUUAAUGAGCCUCUCAUGGCUCCAGAUGUGGAACGAAAAGAUCCGAUUUGGUCGGGUCCGAGUGUUCGUGUCAGAUUUCCUUCUUACAUUAAAGUCACCAUGAUCUCCA